CUCACUUUCUUCACACAUCACAGUACAGACAUGGACGUUUUCACAGUGACGCUGGCAAUUUUCAUUUUGCCAGCAGUUUUUGCCGAUAAAGACACAUGUGCAUCUAAAGGACAGUGCACUGCCCUUGAUGGCGUCACGUGUGUGUCACGUGGAACCCAACGCCCUGAGAAGUGUAAUACCUAUACAUGCAAGAAGAGCGGCAAUGUUUUGAAAUAUAUGGUCGUCAAAAAACUGCUAAAGUGUGAAAGGCCUGAUGGCACGUGUAUGGAUAGGGGUGUUGGGGAGAAAAACGAAGAAAGAUGCAUUUUUGAGACGUGUCGUCAGAAGAAAAACGAUGAUGGAACGUACAUUUUGACUUAUAAAGAAAGGGCAUAUGGAUGUCCAAUGGAUGAUGGGACAUGCUUUACUAUUUGGUAAGGGAAACGCACUGCGAAACAAGGACAAAUGCACACUAACAACGUGUACAAAACAUAGAAAUAAGAAAGGAGAGCGCACUACUACUAGAUUAAAAGAAAAAUAUUACGGAUGCCCAAUCGAUGGGGUGUGUAAAGACAAAGAUGUAACAAGAUCCGCCGACUGCACGGCCUAUAAAUGUGAGCUCUCAAAAGGACAUACGUUGAUGACAUGGGCUGUAAUUCAAACAGGAUGUCAAACAGACGAUGGCUGUGAAUAUAACGGGGACGAAUGGCCAGAUCUGGACGAGACCUCGUGUGUUACCAGACGAUGUGACGUCACAUAUGAUAAAGUCAAGGAUAUGUACACCAAGUCCAAUAAUGUGGCAAGGCAUGGUUGUCGGGCAUCAAAUGGUACUUGUUACUACGAUGGAGAGACAUGGCCGGAAAACGACUGUUAUACUUGGCGCUGUGACAUCAGUAUGACGGACGAGGGUCGAUCUAUGGCUUCCUCUAAUAUUGAAAGCGGCAUUUGUCAGGACGCUGACGGGUCGUGCAAGGAUUAUGGGGAGACCAUGAGAUAUUGGUCUGGUAAAACCAUGCUUGACUGCCGAUGUGAGAAAGCCAUUUCUAUCAAAGGUUUCCCAUAUGGAAAUCCAAUAUGCGCUAUUCCGUAGCCAAUCAGAUCACCUCGGAGACGAAAAGUGCGUCUGACUGAUACUAUAUUGUUUUGAUGACCUGUCAGAUUGUUUAUUUACAUAUGUGUAAUACGAUAAUGUAUUCACAAAUCGACAUUACAAUGCGUUAUCAAAAUACAAACAUCAAAAUUCA